AUGCGGGCCUGGCGCAGCCUGUGGCGGCGCGCCGCGGCGCCCUCCGCUCCCUUCCCCUCGUUCUCCUCUCUCCCCGGCGGCGGGGAGCGGCGGCGCCGCGCCUGGGAGGCGUCGCUGUCGCCGCUGGAGCGGGUGAGGGGGCUGCUGGCCCGAGAGGAGGCGGCGGCCGUUACGGAUGUCGCCCCGGUGCCCGUUGCGGACGCCGCCCCGGCGGCCGGCAGCCCCCUGCGCGCCGGGGAGCUGGCGCUCGUGGAGCUGAGUCGGCGGCAGCGCGACGCCCUCAAGCUGCUGUGCCGGCUGGCGGCGGGUGCGACGCUCGCCAUCCCCGGYGGCCUCCUGCCGCACGACGACAUCGUGGGGCGGCUGCCCGGGCAGCUGGUGCGGACGGCGGGCGGACUCAAGCUGCUCGUGCGGCGACCCUCGCUCGAGGAGUAUGCGCUGCUCAUGACGCGGAGCGCCACCAUCGCCUACCCCAAGGACGUGAGCGCCAUGCUCACCAUGAUGGACCUGCACCCUGGGGACACCGUGUUGGAGAGCGGCAGUGGAUCUGGUGCUCUGAGCCUGUUUCUGUCAAGAGCGGUUGGAUCCAAAGGACGUGUCCUAAGUUACGAAAUCAGAGAAGAUCAUCACAGUUUAGCUAAGAAGAAUUACAGGCAGUGGCGUUCUUCAUGGGAGAUAGGACAUAUGGAAGAGUGGCCAGAUAACGUGGAUUUCAUUCAUAAGGACAUUACAACUGCUGCUGAGGAUAUGAAAUCUGUAACAUUUGAUGCAGUAGUUCUGGAUAUGCUUAACCCUCAAGCUGCUCUGCCUGUUAUACGUCCAAGUCUCAAGCAUGGCGGUGUGUGCGCUGUUUAUUUAGCAAACAUCACGCAGGUUAUUGCCCUUUUAGACAGAAUACGGAUCUGCAAGCUCCCUUUUUUGUGUGAAAAGAUCAUAGAUGUAACACACAGAAAAUGGUUAAUAAUCCCUGCUAAAAUCAAGAAUUCCAAGUCAACGCAAAUAAUGGAAACUCAAGAAAAUACUGAGGAAGAACCUCAACAGAAAGAACAGGAAGAAAUCCAUUUUCAGGAUCAAGCAGUUCUCAGAGGAAGUGAAUACGAUGAAUCGCUUUCUGACAAUGCUGAAACAUGCUCCUCAGUGCCUUAUGUUGCUAGACCAUCUUAUUGGCAGGAUUCUCAUUCAGCGUUCCUCACCAAGCUGAGAAAGUUUCAACCACCACUUUCUUGAUGUUGCUAAGAUAUCAGCUGCUAAUUGGGUAUUGUAUUGGAAUAAAAUAAAACAUCAGAAAAUGACCACUGUGUUUUGCAAAUUGUUUAACUUUUAAAGAGUUACUGCUUUGAUUUCUACCGCAUAUGAACUUUGACAUCCCAUGAACAAUUUGAAGGAGAAGUUUUAACAGAACCUAUCAUGUAUGAUU